AUGCAGGAAGAAGUAACUGGCGUGUCUCGAAGUGGUCGUGUUAGGAAGAAAAGCUCCAAGUUGAUGGACUUUGAGUCGCCCGAUGAUAUUGAGACGAGGUAUAGACGCCAGACUCCCGUAAAAUCUUAUUCGGGUUUUCGACAAGAGGAAGAGCAGUUUCCUGAAGCCCAUCAAAAGCCAGUAGAGGACGGAACUGCGUCUGGCAGCGAGUCUGAUUAUUAUGAAAAUACCGCUGAAAAUGCUGAUAGUAUGGAAACAGAUAGUUCUGGUUCUGAAGAGGGGUCGCCUCGCACCCCAGCAAAUUCCUUGUACAUGAUGGAGCGUGGGAGUAAGAAGAAACUGAUUGUGAAGGAUGGAAAAGUAGUUGGAAGGGCCAAGGCUCAGAGAAAAGACAAAGGUAAAACCCGUAUAACUGCUUACAUGAUGUGGGCAAAGGAGGCCCGUAAUGAUCUCCUACGAAAACAUCCUGAUAUGGACUUCUCAGCUAUUUCAAAACGGCUGGGAGAAUUGUGGGCUAAUGUAAACUACAAUGAGCGUUAUUUGUGGAAACGAAAGGCAAAACGUUUUGCCAUCAUGAAAUCUCAAGAGACGCAGGGAGUUACCAAGAUCAUAUCAAACCCCAGUGUGACCCCAGUGCGUCACGCGGGUCCGGGUCGUCCGCCCAAACAUAGGCCGCAACCCACUCACACUACGCCACCGCAGCAGGCGCUUGUACCGGUUAGUACAAGUAGCGGUGCCAACAACAGUGGCAUGUACCGGGUCACGGGCUGCGGGGCUGUAGAGGUCGCUGCUCAUUUACGGCUUCUGGGAGAGAGUCUGGCCAUUAUCGGGGAGAGGCUGAAGGAACAUGAAGGCCAAAUUGCCGUAUCGGGAUCUGUGUCCGUCCUUCUGGACACACUUCUGUGCUCGCUGGUCCCGUUGGUGGCUGUCACUAGGGCGGUUCCAGCCAUAGCGCCUCCUGCCGCUCUUUUACAGGACACAUUACACAAUAUCGCAUAUAUUAUGCCUGGAUUGUAG